CAUUCUUCUCUCUCUGGCACAUGUGGCGGGUUGAUGUACAAUUAUAUUAAAUAAAAGUGAUUUAUAAUUAAGUAAGACCUUUCCCGUAUAUAUUUCAAACAAUGGCAGAGGCGUCUAGUGAGAAAUUAUCUAAGAAUGAGCUGAAACGGCGCCUGAAAGCCGAGCAAAAACUUAAGGAGAAAGCUGAAAAGGUUGCACAACAACCGGCGCCUGUCUCGUCAGAGAAAAAGGCUUCUAAGGUUGCAGAGGAGGAGAUCAGUCCUAAUGAGUAUUACAAAUUGCGAACAGCAGCUGUUGCAGCUCUCAAAACUGGAGCUAAAUCUGACCAUCCCUACCCUCACAAGUUCAAUGUCACCACCUCCCUAUCAGACUUCAUUGAGAAGUACAACAACCUGAACAGUGGGGAUGUGCUGGAGACUGUGACUGUGUCAGUGGCUGGCAGAGUGCACUCGAUUAGAGAGUCUGGUGCUAAGCUUAUAUUCUAUGACCUUAGAGCUGAAGGUGUUAAGAUUCAGGUAAUGGCUAAUGCCAAGCUGUAUGAAUCUGAAGAAAAGUUUGCCACAGACACUGACAAGUUAAGAAGAGGAGACAUCAUUGGCUGUGUGGGUCACCCCGGCAAAACAAAGAAGGGAGAGCUGUCCAUUGUUCCACAAACCAUCACUCUGCUGUCCCCGUGCCUGCACAUGCUGCCACAUCUGCACUUUGGGCUCAAAGACAAGGAAACCAGAUUCAGGAAGAGAUAUUUGGACCUCAUUUUGAAUGAUAAGGUCAGACAAAUAUUCUAUGUGAGAGCAAAAAUCAUAGGAUACAUAAGAAGGUUUCUGGAUAACCUUGGUUUCUUAGAGAUUGAAACCCCAAUGAUGAACAUGAUCCCUGGAGGAGCCACUGCCAAGCCGUUCAUCACACAUCACAAUGACCUCAACAUGGACUUGUACAUGAGAAUAGCCCCAGAGUUAUAUCACAAGAUGUUGGUGGUUGGCGGGCUCGACCGGGUCUAUGAAAUUGGAAGGCAGUUCAGGAAUGAGGGCAUUGACCUCACUCACAACCCUGAGUUCACUACCUGUGAGUUCUAUAUGGCCUAUGCUGAUUACAAUGAUCUGAUCACCAUUACGGAGACCAUGCUGUCAGGAAUGGUCAAGAGCAUCCAUGGUACUUACAAGGUGAAAUACCACCCUGAUGGGCCUGAUGGUGAGGAGGUGGAAAUAGAUUUCACUCCUCCAUUUGCGCGAGUCCCCAUGAUUGCUACUUUGGAGAAAGUUCUAAAUGUCAAACUACCUCCAGCUGACAAACUGGACACUCCUGAAGCCAAUGCAUUACUGAGCCAAAUCUGUGAAAAACAUGAGGUUGAGUGUCCUGCACCUAGAACUACAGCCAGGCUAUUAGACAAGCUGGUUGGAGAAUUUCUGGAGGAGAAGUGCAUCAAUCCUACAUUUAUUCUGGAUCACCCUCAAAUUAUGAGUCCUCUCUCUAAGUACCACCGGGAAAUACCAGGGUUAACUGAAAGGUUUGAGCUGUUUGUCAUGAAGAAAGAAGUGUGCAAUGCAUACACAGAAUUGAAUGACCCAGCGACCCAGAGGGAGCGGUUUGAGCAGCAGGCCAAGGACCGAGCAGCUGGUGAUGAUGAAGCUCCUCCGACCGACGAGGCAUUCUGCACAGCGCUGGAGUAUGGUCUGCCGCCCACAGCGGGCUGGGGCCUCGGUGUUGACCGCUUCACCAUGUUCCUCACUGACUCCAACAAUAUCAAGGAGGUGCUGCUGUUCCCUGCCAUGAAGCCUGACGACCCAAACAAGCAUAAUGCAGAGGAACCUACAACUGAAAAAGCUGUACAAAAUGGAGCCUAGACAAUCUAGAAAUAUUUAUUUUACUAUUAUGUAUAACGUUGUUUAUUGUGUUCUCUUUAAGCUUCACUUAAUACCUACUUACAGUUUCAUUUAAAAUGUGUAAAUUCAGAGCUCAUAAUUAUAUGCUUGUCUAGUUUUGAAAUAAUAAAAGCCCCUUAAAUAAUU